AUGGAUUAUACUAUGCACUUUCCAAACUCCAAUCAUGCUGUUAACAAUCAUUUUAACUUUACUACUUCCCAAAUUCACUCGCCUACCAACGCUGGACGUAAAAGAACUCGUAGUAAUAGCAUAAACAGGAAUGAACAUGUCCAGAAAACCGUACGACUCUUGAGUCCUCCACGUUUUAAAGGAAAUUCGUCCUUUCCAAAUCCACAAUUCUCUUGUUGGAACGAAAAUCGGCUCAGUCGGUCUAAUUCUAUCAAUGACCUAAGCAAUAAAACACAAUUAUUAGCCGUUCAAGAAACAACGCAUGUAGGAUUCAUGGACUAUGAUAACAUGCAGAUUGAUUUAGAGAGGUUUGAUGAUGAUGAGAUUAUUCAACAUCAUGAGACGGAUAUAACGAAAUCAACGUAUUCCUCACCAAUACGUGGUCAGCGUCAACAACAUCGACAGGUACAAUUGCAUCAAUUACCUUUUACCAUGGGACGUCGUUUAGAUUGUGAAAAAUGUCGGCUUCGCGUUCCCGGACAUUUCAGCCACGUUCUCUCACAUUAA